AUGUUCAAACUAUUUUUCUUCUCGAUUUUUUGCUUUUCAUUUGUGACAUCACAAGCAACAUCUUCAUGCACGGAACGUUGCCAACCUUCAGAUUUAUUCAAAUGUGUCACAGAGCGUCAAUAUUUCCUCUGUGACGAUCCAACGAAAAUUCUCUUUUGUCCGGAUGGCUUUUGUGACACCUCAUCGAAUGCCGUUUCUCCAUGUACUAAAGACGCUCCAGCCACCCAAUGCUCGAUUUGUAAUGCUUGCAGUUUAAACAACAAAUUCACGUGUGUCACUCCCGUUGCUUACCAAAAAUGCGAUGAAAGUGGAAAUCCGAUUGGAAAACAAAUCAAAUGCAGUAGUGGGAAAUAUUGUGAUGCCUUGGCUGGAAAUGCGGACGAUCCGUGUUCAAGAUUUUCAUCGAAUGAGUUACUUUGCUGGACCAACAAGUGGAAUGAUUUUUGCAAGGGACGCAAAAAUGGCAGAUAUCCGCAUUUGGAUAGCAGAGCAGAGUGCAGAGCUUAUAUCGCGUGUGUUGAUGGAAUUGCCGAGGAACGUUAUUGUAGUGGAUCAACGCUUUUUAUUCCACAAUUGAGCAGUUGUGUGAAUCCAGAUUUGUUUAAUUUUACGUGUUAA